AUGGAACUGGAAACUACCCUCGACGUGCUCUCAAAUCCAUCACCGAAGGACAAUGCACAAGUGGUCAGUCUCCGACAAAAAGCGCACGACAUCCUCGCAGAAAACUCGACAUCAAAACCCGACACCCUUCCCAGCGCACUUCUGGACCUGUUAACGCAAAUCAUCAAACCACUAUUCACCAGCGCCAAACACCCAGCCCUAACAUCAAUGGGACGGAAGAACCUGAUCCCACCGGGCCCAUCACUAGGAAACCGGUUCAACUACCCACUCACCGACGACGACCUCAAGCCAUGGAAAACACCGUUCACGGUCCCACUACUCCACUACAUCAUCACAUCAUAUUCGGGAACCCUCCCCCUCGAUACGAGAAAACAGACGCUGGAAGCACACUUCCACCUCCUGAUCCCGCCGAUCCUCAAUAUGAUCGACGACGGUGACGCUGCGUUCAAAGCGGCGGGAUGUCAACUGCUCCAGCUUCUGUGCGAAGCAUUGGCGUCGACGGAGAGCGAGAUGCUGCGCAAGACUGGGCUUGGAGAUGUCUUCUUCGACGCGCUCAAAGCGAAUUUCAUGCUUUUACCGACGCUGACGCCGGAAGAGGAGAGCCUCGAGGUUCUGACCGCGCUGUAUCCGGCCUUCUUCGCCGUCGUGGACGCCAGGUACAGGACGGGGAAAGUGACGGCAGAGCAAUCUGUGGGCGAUUCCAACGAGUUUGCGGGCCGGCAGGAGCGUCUGAAGCUGCUGCUGCGCCAUGGCGUGCUGGCGUCGCUGUCCCAUCUGUCCGCCGGCCAGAGUUUCUCCACCUCCAUCUCCAUCUCUCUGACGACGUAUCUGGUGUCGCAGAUCGCGCCUGUCAUGACACGUAUGGGUAUCGAUGGCGUCAGGUAUCUACGGGAGUUCCUGCCCAUGAUGAGAGGAGGACUGAUGGAUCCCUUUGCGCUCGCUGCGCCGGACUUGGUCAAGGAGAUAUUGCGGGUCUAUGUCGUUGUGCUGGAUGAGUGUGAGCCCAGGGUUCGUGAGCUGUGGUGGUCGGAGAUCCUGAGGGGUCUGGUGGGCUGCUGGGUGAAUUGUCUCGACGAGCUCGAUGUCACGCGAUCGGAGAGCAAGGGUGGUGUCCAGGAGAUCCAGGCCGUGUUGAAGGAGGUCACUCGAAGGCUCGGGCAAGUGGUAGACAAGGAUAAGUGGGCGGCUGGUAGGAAGAGAUUGUUGGGCGAAGAGGAAGAUCUCACCGGCUUGUUUGAGGAUAUAUGA